AUGAUUAGAGACUAUACGGUUCAAUUUUUUGAAUCAAAAUUCAAUGGUGCUGAACAACCUAUUAAUGAGAGUCUUUUUAUAUAUGAUCAUGAGUGUAUCUCAGAGGAAGAAAGCAUUCUGAUGGAUGUUGUUCCUUCGGUGGAGGAGAUUAGGAGGGCAGUUUAUGAUUUGGGUGUUGAUAGUGCUCCAGGGCCGGAUGGUUUCUCAGGGUGUUUUUAUAGACAUUGUUGGGAUAUCAUUCAUCAGGACCUCAUUAAUGCAAUCACUUAUUGCUGGCAGCAUAAGUUAAUUCCUCAGGGUUCGAAUUCGAGCCUUUUAAUUUUCUUGGUCAAGGUGAGAGGUGUUAAUACUCUUCGUAACUUUCGUCCUAUUGGUCUUAGUAAUUUUUUCUUUAAAAUUUUUACUAAGAUUUUGGCUACUAGACUUGGUGGAGUUCUUGAUAAACUUGUUUCGGAAGAACAAGUUACUUUCAUGAAGGGGAGGAAUAUUCAUGAGAAUAUCAGUGUGGCUUCUGAAAUGGUGAAUGAGUUGAAAUGUAAGCGCAAGGAUGGCAAUGUGGGUCUUAAGUUGAAUAUUUCUCAAGCUUUUGACACUGGAAAUAUGAAGAGUUUGAAUAAUCUUUUGAGCUUACUUGGUAAAUAUCAAGCUGCUUCCGGCCAAACAGUUUGUCGCCUGAAAAGCAAAGUUUAUUAUGGUGGUAACUCUAUGAGCAGGUGUAGAACAAUCACGGACUUGUUGGGUAUGGAAGUUUCAACUUUUCCAGAUCGUUAUUUGGUUGUGAAGAUUAUGCCUGGGGUUGUUAAGUAUUGUCACAUUUGUAAUGUGAUUGACAAGAUUAAGAAGCAACUUGCGGUUUGGAAAGGGAGAUUACUUUCUUUUCAAGACAGGAUGGUUCUUAUUAAUUCGGUGAUUGCUAUUUACUUGAUUCACAACAGGGUUUUUUAUAAAUGGCCUCGUAAGUUUAUUGAUCAAUGUGAGAGAGCUAUUCACAGUUUUCUUUGGUCAGGUGAUUCUGAUGUGAGACGCAAAUUUGUUGUGGCCUAUGAUAAAGUUUGCUGCCCGAUGAAGGAAGGUGGAUUAGGCAUUUCUAAAUUAGUUGUUACUAACAAGGCGCUUCUUAUGAAAUUGUGGUGGAAUAUUCAGUCUUCUAAGAAGAAAUGGGCUCGCUUUCUUUAUGCUAAAUACACUACUAGGAAGGGUAAAAUAAAGAAGUAUGGUGUUAAUUAUUCCAUUCAUCCAGGUAUUAAACAAAUUUAUAAAAUUGUGGAUAGCAAUACUAAAGUUUUGCUAGGUGAUGGGCGCUCCAAUUCUCUAUAUUUUGAUAUUUGGUACGGCUACACUAGCAUUGCUGAAAUUAUUGGUGAAGAUGGACUUGAUUGCUCUGUGAAGGUCAGUGAUUUUCUUAUAAACAAUGAAUGGGUUAUACCGGAUGCUCACUUGCAUAACUUGCUCCGUGCUGGUGUUAUUUUGAAUAACUUUCCAUGA